AUGACCAACAGGAUGAAGUUGUAUAUGUUUGUAUCUGUUCUGUUUUCUACAUUUGACUUUGGAUACGUGGCUCCAGCGUUUGGCGAUGCCUUUCAGGUUGGCACGGAAGAAAAGUAUAUUUUUUCUAAUGUGGUACAGGUGGGAAAUGCCAAAAAUGCGACUGUUUCAUUCGGUUACCGGACACUGGCUACCGUCACUGUUGGCGCAGUAUGGGGAAAUGAUGAAACGAAGCUUCUAAAAAUACAGAUUCAAAAUCCUAAACUUGUUAACAUUCCCGAUGAAAACACGGGAGUCAUUGUUGGUUUGGAAUCUCCAUUCUAUGCGUGGUGGAAUUUGGGCUUCAUCAGGGAGAUAUACUUUGCACCUUCGGACACGGUUCCGAUUAAAAAUUUGAAGAAAGGAAUAUGCGCACUGUUUCAAUAUCAGCUCUUGGAUGGAACAUACACUGAAGAUGAUCCGUCGGGACAGUGUGAGGCAAAGUACAUAUCGCACUCAUCCACGCGCUAUCACAAAUCGAAAGGGAAUUGCGAAUAUGAUGCCAAGCGAAUUGAACGAUCCGAAUAUGCAUUGCGAAGCAGUUUAAAAACAUCAAGAAGCACGGAUUUUACUGUAUCCACCGAAGGCGCUUUGCAAAAAGUGACGAGCCAGGACUACGUGAAGUAUUUACUGAAUGCGCACGAUCAAUUCGGGGCGUACUAUGAGUCAGUCAUGCAGCUAAAUGUGCAAGGAAGCUCCCAAAAAACGGCCAUAGUUGAAGGAUCAAGCUUGGAAGAAGUCGUGAUACAGUUGGCUUUGGAACGAGAAACGCUUUUGACUCAAGAAUUUAAGGCACCAUGUAAGGACAAGAAUUGCGAAAGCGUUAUCAACCUAUUUAAACAUUACAAAAAAUCACUCGCCAACGAUAAUAUCGGUAAAGAAGUGUCUGCCACUGCAUUGGUUGAUAUGGUACAGGUAGCACGCCAUGCGAAGAAAGAGGAUUUGUUGCGAAUGCUAAAGGCUAAAUCAUCGAAUGAAAUUAAAGGACAACUGUUAGAUCUACUUGCAGCGGUACAAACGGUAGCCUCACAUGAGGCGGCCAAAACGGAAUUUGUAAAUGUUUCUGACGAUGAAGAUCUGUUCCUCGGAGAACGCUACCUGCAAGCACUAGCUGUAGGUACACGACCGCAAAAGGAAAUCGUUGAAGAUCUAUUGCAAAUGGCUCAGACCGAACAUAGAAAUGUAAAAUUUUACGACAGCCUAAUCCAGAGUCUGGCAGCUGUAACUCGCCGAUAUGCUCAACUGGAAGGAAACUCGUAUGAAACCGAGGUGGUAAAGAAGGUGGUGGCACUGUUACAAGAAAAGCUUGACAAAUGUUCAAACGAUAACUGUAAGCUUAAGUAUAUACGUGGGUUCCAAAAUCUCAAAUGCCCCAAAACGGUGGAUAGUCUUUUAAUGCUCGCACAGGAAUCAACGAAAGCUGUCAGUGUUGCUGCUAUGAAAGCCCUACGAUCAUUCUCCGUCUAUCUGUGGAAUGACGAGUUUAGGGCAAAAUUUGAGGACAUUUUCUUCCAGGUAUCAAAAAGUUACGAUUCCAGUGCACGAACGUUGGCGUUAGAUAUUUUGUUGGAUUUGAAACCAGACUACGACGAACUAUCGCAUCUAUUACAGUUUUUAAAGUCAAGUGAUAAAGCGUACGAGGUGAAGCAAUAUUUGCUACAGAAGUUACGUAUGUUCGCAGAUCAAUGUACCGAAUUUGGCCAAAUGCUGCAGCGCAUCAUCGAGAAUGAUCCAGUACUGAAUAAUUACCACGUGCUCGCUCCUAGAGGACUGUCCACGGCAUUGACUCGUAAAUUUUCGGCAGUACCAUCGUUUAAUGCUUCCCUUACGAGUUUACAAGAGAUGAACGGAGGUGUUUUGAAACGGGGAAUCGUUGAUUUGACGCUAGAUGUGGAUAACGAAAGGACAAGCCUAUUCACCCUAGGACUAUAUGCCGGCGGCAUGUCAUCGUUUGUCAGUAGCAAUGAUGCGGAUGCAACCGAUGCUGAUAAAGAGGAAGAUACAACGGCGGGAAUGGAACUGUUAGUACAAGGUGUGGCAAUGAGACCUUUAGAAUUUUUUAACGGAAAGGGUGAAUUGAUGGGACAUGUUUGGAGCGGUACAGCAUCGGAGCCAACACCAGCUUACCAGGCCAUCACAUUACUGCAGGAUAGCGAGGAACGGUUUGCAUCCAAUAACGGUGUGACGUUAAUUCUCAGUUCAACUGGUGCUAUAUCGAUUGAUCUGAACGGUCAAGUCACCAUGAGCCUGUGGGGCCGUAAUGCACAGUCCAAAGUGGAACAAAACACUGGCAUAAGCAUGACGGGCCGGUUAUCCUUCGAUACGGCAUUCACAACUGUGAAUGUUCGGUUCAGCAUGGAGCAGGAACCACAAUUGCAUCUGACAUCGGCUCUAGACUUUUCUGGAGAUCCAGCAUUGUGCAUGCAACUAGUACAACCGAAGAGUUCGCUCAAACAACGGUUUGCGAGAACGAUUGAACUCGUGGGAACAAAACAUCGAGCGUCCCGUAAGACAAUCAAAACUGUACAAUUGAAUGGAUUAACACAUUCGCUCAAUAGGAAAAACAAUGAUAUGUGCAAUUUAAUUUCAAAAAGUUGA